CUGUCAAAGGUAGUCUACAGGUACAUGAAAGGGUGCAUACUGGAGAAAAACCAUUUGUUUGUGAGACCUGUGGUAAAGCCUUUCGUAAGCAAUGUCAUCUAAAAUACAUGAAAGAAUACACAGCGGCGAGAAACCAUUUGUUUGUGAGACCUGUGGUAAAGCCUUUUCUGACAAAGGUUAUCUACGUAGACAUACAAAAAUACACACCGGUGUUAAACCAUAUGUUUGUGAGACCUGCGGUAAAGCCUUUUCUGCCAUAUGUCAUCUACAGGGACAUGAAAGGGUGCACACUGGAGAAAAACCAUUUGUUUGUGAGACCUGUGGUAAAGCCUUUUCUGUCAAAGGUAAUCUAAAUAGACAUGAAAGGGUGCAUACUGGAGAAAGACCAUUUGUCUGUGAAAUCUGUGGUAAAGCCUGGUCUGGCAAGGGUGAUCUCAAUAGACAUGAAAGGGUGCACACUGGAGAAAAACCAUUUGUUUGUGAGACCUGUGGUAAAGCCUUUCGUAGGAAAUGUAAUCUACAUGGACAUGAAAGCGUGCACACUGGAGAAAAACCAUUUGUUUGUGAGACCUGUGGUAAAGCCUUUCGUAGGAAAUGUUAUCUACAGGGACAUGAAAGGGUGCACACUGGAGAAAAACCAUUUGUUUGUGAGACCUGUGGUAAAGCCUUUUUUGAGAAAUUUAAUCUAAAAAUACAUGAAAGAAGACACACAGGUGAAAAACCAUUUGUUUGUGAGACCUGUGGCAAAGCCUUUUCUGUCAAAGGUGAUCUACAGCGACAUAAAAGGGUGCAUUCUGGAGAAAAACCAUUUGUUUGUGAAAUCUGUGGUAAAGCCUUUUCUGUCAAAGGUGAUCUAGAAAUACAUGAAAGAAAACACACCGGUGAAAAACCAUUUGUUUGUGACACCUGUGGUAAAGCCUUUUCUGACAAAGGUAAACUACGUAGACAUACAAAAAUACACACCAGUGUUAAACCAUAUGUUUGUGAGACCUGUGGUAAAGCCUUUUCUGUCAAAGGAAAUCUACAGAUACAUAAAAGGGUGCAUACUGGAGAACGACCAUUUGUCUGUGAAAUCUGUGGUAAAGCCUGUUCUGGCAAGGGUGAUCUCAAUAGACAUGAAAGAAUGCACACCGGUGAAAAACCAUUUGUUUGCGAGACCUUUGGUAAAGCCUUUCGUAAGAAAUAUCAUCUAAAAAUACAUGAAAGAAUACACAGCUGUGAGAAACCAUUUGUUUGUGAGACCUGUGGUAAAGCCUUUUCUGUUAAAAGUACUCUAAGUGGACAUGAAAAAAUACACAUCGGUGUUAAACCAUUUGUUUGUGAGACCUGUGGUAAAGCCUUUUCUGUUAAAAGUACUCUAAGUGGACAUGAAAAAAUACACAUCGGUGUUAAACCAUUUGUUUGUGAGACCCGUGGUAAAGCCUUUUCUGUCAAAGGCAGUCUACAUGUACAUGAAAGGGUGCAUACUGGAGAAAAACCAUUUGUCUGUAAAAUAUGUGGUAAAGCCUGUUCAGGCAAGGGUGAUCUCACUAGACAUGGAAGGGUGCACACUGGAGAAAAACCAUUUGUUUGUGAGACCUGUGGUAAAGCCUUUCGUAGGAAAUGUCAUCUACAGGGACAUGAAAGCGUGCACACUGGAGAAAAACCAUUUGUUUGUGAGACCUGUGGUAAAGCCUUUUCUGUCCAAGGCAGUCUACAUGUACAUGAAAGGGUGCAUACUGGAGAAAAAACAUUUGUUUGUGAAAUCUGUGGGAAAGCCUUUUCUAACCAGAAUGAACUUACUAGACAUGAAAGAAUGCACACCGGUGAAAAACCAUUUGUUUGUGAGACCUGUGGUAAAGCCUUUUCUGUCCAAGGCAGUCUACAUGUACAUGAAAGGGUGCAUACUGGAGAAAAACCAUUUGUUUGUGAAAUCUGUGGGAAAGCCUUUUCUUACCAGAAUGAACUCAAUAGACAUGAAAGAAUGCACACCGGUGAAAAACCAUUUAUUUGUGAGACCUGCGGUAAAGCCUUUUCGUUCAGUUAUAGUCUAAGUAGACAUGAACGAAUUCACACCAAUGAGAAACCAUUUGUUUGUGAGACUUGCGGUAAAGCCUUUUCUGACACAGGUAGUCGAAACAGGCAUGUAAAAAUACACAUCGGUAAACCAUUGUUUGUGUGACCUGCAUGUGGUAAAGCCUUUCUUCAGAAAUGUACUCUAAAAAUACAUGAAAGAAGACACACCGGUGAAAAACCAUUUGUU